UACCAUUUACACCGACGAAAAAGAAAUAAAAAAGAAUAAAGUGGAAUAGUAGAGCAUCCGGGAUAUGAGUGGAGGGCGCGUAGUAUGCAACUCGCAGAGUAUAAAGAGAGAACGACAAACUUCCGAAAGCUCUCUCUUCCUCUCUCUUUUCUUUUCACCGAGUGGAAUUUCUUCUUCUACUGUUCUCUUUAUUUCUCUCAAAUUAGGGUUUUUGCUCUUCCUCCUGGCCAAGUUUUGGACUCAAGCUUCGAAAAUUCAAUCGAUUGAUGCUCUUGCUGUUCUCACUGUACCAUGCAGCAUAAAGUGAUGCACAUAAAGCUGGUAGCAUUGACUGAAUAACACAAACAAUUGCAGGGGAUGGGAGGUUGUUGUUGUUCUUCAAGGAAACCUCAUCUACAUGGAACACCUGUUUAUUAUUACUGUCCACCAGCUUUGGAAGAGCAUGAGUCCUUAACAUCUCACAACGGUGUAGCCUCUGCAUUCGCUGCAGGUCUCCUAGCCGAAUUAAAUCUGAAUACGUCAACACCUGAUACAUUUCGGGCCCCUCCUGCACCCUUGCCAUAUGAUAUGGUUUUGGGAUGUCGGAGAUCCUCAGAUUCUGAAUCAAUUAGAGAAACAAUUAGUGGCGGUAGUUUUGAAACUUUAGCAACAUGUGAGGAUCUUGAGGAUCCAGACUGCAGAACUCUAGCAAGUUCUUUACCAGUCUCGCCAAAGAAGCCAGAUAUAUCGAAAUUGAGUGAAAAUGUUGUUUCAGCAACUGAAGAAGAGGAUGCUUGUCCAAUUUGUCUUGAAGAGUAUGACAUUCAGAAUCCAAAAUUUUUCACCAAAUGCGAACAUCACUUUCACUUGUCAUGCAUUCUGGAGUGGAUGGAAAGGAGCGACACCUGUCCCAUAUGUGAUCAGGAAAUGGUAUUUGACCAUACCUUCAACUAAUAGCUCUUUAAUGCUUUCCAAGAUGGAGAUUUUAUUAUUGGUUUCAAUUGAAAGCUUGCCAACAUAGUGGGCUGCAGAUGCAUGUCAGUUCCGCCUGGUCAGCAGAGUGCCCACAGACUCAUUUUAAUUUUGGUCUUGGUUGGUUUGAAGGUUCAAACAAUUAUAGUUCAUUUGCUUACCCAUGGAAGGUCAAAAGUAGAGUAAUGGAGUUCUGUUGCAGCACGAAGAUCAGUUUGCCAUACAUACCCCUUUCUAUUUGUUAAUACUUUGGUGGUUUGUUUUCAAAUGGGCCUGCAGAUAGCCACAUGGUCAUCAAGGCAGUUCAGAGAAAACAACCUAAGAGGAGGUUUUCUGCAAACUAAUGGUCAGUUCUGCUUUCCAUGUUUUAAUUGACUACAUUUUUCUUUCUCCUCUAUUUGCUUGGUGCAUGCUGCAUAUAUUUGGGCCCUAUCUUUUACUGCUGGAGUUGGUUUUGUAAAUAAUAUCUGUUAGUUUUUCGUUGUAUUCAACAUUGAGAAUCCAUUUGGUGUUAUGGGAAGUGUAAUGAUCAGUGAAAAGGUAUACUAUGUCUUCAAAUUAAUGCGAAUAAUUUGUAUGCCUCACCCAUACUAAUAUUAAUAAUAUAGCUUUCUGCUGGCU